UUCAACUUAUGUGGAUAGGGAAGUCUCUGGUUGCAACAAAUUAUUUUUCUUCUUAUUUCUUGUGUUAUAUUCAUAGCAUCGAUUAGCCAAGGUUGAUUUAUAUUCUACUCCAAUUAUAUCAAUCCUUCGUUUAUUUAUUGUUUGUGUUAUAAAAUGUGUGGUUGCUUCUUCACUAAAUUAUAAGUGACUCAUAUAGUACUGUAGAAGCUCUUUUUUUAGUGCUGCUAUAGCGUGAGAUCUACCCCAAGCUAAUACUAUAGCAUGGGGACUACCAUGGAAUAGGUAAUUAAACAUUCUAAUUACACUUUAACGAAAGACAAAAAAGUUAUCUUCCAUACAUGUAUUCUUCAUGCAUGCCUCUUGACUUGACACAUGGUAGACCUAAGACCUGGGUGGGCUACAUAUGACGAUAGACACCAUGCUAUAGUAGCACCUUUUUUUCUCGUAAUUUUAUAAUUCUUGUUGUAUGCGAAAUACUAGGCUAAUAAAUUAUUGAGAUAUUACUAAUUUACAAGCCAAUUUGUUCAGCAUGUGGUCCAGGCUUGUAAUGAUAAUACAAUUGUGAUUCCCUUAUUUUGCAUUAUUUACCAGACUGCUAUAUAAUUACCUGUUGUAAUGAUAUUACUGUAUGUGCUCUCAUUCAUUGAUUAGAAUAUGAAUCCGACAGUAGCCCUUGUUAAUUUAAUGUGUGCCAAAAAUACAGGCAGCAUUUUGACUAGAAAAUUCAUUCUUGCUUAAAUGCAAUGACUCAUUAAUCUAUAGUGAUACUUCAACAUGUUAUCAUUAGAAGGUUGUGACUAAUUCGAUAUAAAAAUUAUAUAAAAUUAACAUUGUGUUCCCAAAUGGAUAACAUGAAAUCCAACGGAUACUUCUCAGGCUAUUUCAGCUUGGUGAAAUAUCUAUCACAUAGACUUGAUAUCAAAUGGAUAGUUAGUAGGCCUAUGAUAUAAACAAAAACAUAGGUUGCUUGAUUUACAUUUUGCUAAAGUCCCAUUCGAUUGAAAUGAAUAGCACGCACAAAUUUCGAAGAAAGAAAUCAGCAGUGUAAAUGUGAUUAAAUUUGUGGCAUAUUCGCAUAAAUUUGGGAACUCCUGGAUAAUUGAAUCUUUGACAACUCGUUUUCUAGUGUUGUUAAUUCAUUUCAUGCAUAUAUGUGUAUUUAUCAAUUAGGCUGGUCUGAUUUGUAUAAUUAUCAGAUUGUAAUAUUGAUUGUACACUUUCCAUUCUGAUAUUGUGCAAAUGUAUGUAAAUUCGAUGGUGGUAUAUUUAGAAAUAUUUUUGUUUUAACUAUACACUAUUGUCCUAUUUAUCUGUGCAUCCGCAUUCUCAAUUAUUUGAAUCGUACUUGUAGUGAUAUUAAAUACUGUCUGUAUAAUUAAUUUUUAAUGCAGGUUUAAGUUGUAAUGCAUUAUGUAAGCGUAUGUAUGUACCUAUAAUUUGAUAUGAGUUACAGAGGGAACGUUGCUUACCAACAGCAGAGAGGCCAAGACAAUUAUUUCUACGAUGGAAGUAGACACAAUAAUAAUGGCUUCAGAAAUAACGAUGAAAAUCGGGGUUAUGACGGGAGGCCUGCACAAACCGAUGUAAGGAAUUAUCAGCAACAGCAAACUAAUAAUGAUUAUGAUAUGAGAGGUGGGAAUUACAGAAGGGAUGUACGUGAUCUACCACCACCUCAGCCAGAGCGGAUAAACGAGUAUGAUAGAAGGAAUGAAGCACCUCCGGCAGUACAUCGUUAUCCCCAAACAUUUCAACAAACCAGUCAGCUUCCAACUCCUCCAGAAUCAUGGUCAAAUAAUCCAGAUGUCCGUUCAUACCCACAAACAAAUAGCAAUUGGAGAGAUGGACCUUCUCACAUUGCUACAAAUUAUGGUGGUACAGCUCAAAAUGCCUAUCGAAAUGAGGAGCAAGACAACAGGCAAGCCAGCUCUCAUCCUCCAUUGAGACAGAAUCAAACUGGUUUCGAUGAUCAAAGACAGUAUAGCGAUAUGAGAUCACAACGCCAGGGUGAAAAUAGGAAUUGGGAUGAUAGGUAUAGAAAUGAAAAUCCACCUUCUGGCCAAUUAAGAUCUUCUAGUUGGGUGGAAAGCAACGAUUCUAAUCGUGCUAAUGCUUAUAAUAAAACAAAUCAACUCUAUCGAAAACAAAAUGAUGAAAGAAGUUUUCCCCAACAACCCAACAGAGAUAUUGGUUCAUCAAGCACUCAAUACGUACAACCAGCACCUUCUAACAAUUUUAAAUCAUAUCAGUCUGAAAGAGAGGAUCAUACAUCUUAUUCUGAGGGAAACCUGCCUGGUCAAAGACCACCACAAGACUAUUAUAGAAACAGCUAUAGUGAAAACUUGCAGCAAAGGGAUACCAGAAAAGAACCACAGCCUCCUCAAGUUCUAGCCAAAACUAGUGGUUCAACUGCAGUUUUCGGCAUUGUAGCGAGAGUUGAUACAUCUCCUUCAAGACGGAUUGAACCUGUUGUAACUCAAAAUCGAAAUGAUGCUCCGCCUCUUUCAUCUCCAACAAGAACUUAUCCUUCACAAUUUUCUCCUCAUGAAGCAAGAGAUCCACCUAGAAAAGAACUACUCCAGGAAUCGCAACCUUUGACCCAUCACCAUCAUCAUGCUUUAACUCCUAUUUUGGAACAGCCAUCUCCUCCACUAUCACCGAGGUCAAGACUUCAAUCUCAAGAACGUAAUUGGCAAUCAAGAAAUGAACCUCCAAAUCAAUACAGGAAUUCUCCAGAUACGAAUCAAUCUUGGCAAUCGCGGAAUGAAACAGAUUCAUAUUCAGAUAAUCGUGUUAACAAUAGGCCAAAAGAAAUAUACAAUGAAAAGGAUACGCCAGUCUACAACGAUUUUCGUCCCCCAUAUCCGGAUACCAGACCUCCUGACAACAGACCACCAUAUCAGGCUUCUAGGCCUGGUUAUAGGGAACACGACUAUACAGAAAGUAGUGGUUACGGCUCAGAAUCUACUCAUUAUACAGAAAGAUCUCACAAUGAUCAAAAUCAGCGAUUCACAGAAAGGGGGCAGUUCGAAUCGAAGCCACAACAACCCGCUCCCCAACAAUAUAUUAAUGGACCAAGGUCACCUGGAGAUCAUUACAGCCGUUCGCCUCCCUCGAGGUCCCAAAAUGAUAAUUUUGAAAACCGAUAUAGGGAUGAUAGGAUUAUGCCGGAUAAACCAAGGGAAGAUGACAUAUAUCAAAAUCGCCAGAAUCACCCACCCAACCAAGACCGAAAUAUAGGUCCUCCAGAUCAAUAUGGGCCACCAAUUACAAGAAAUAACAUGCCGCAAAGACGAUUUGAAGAGAAUCAAGAUCGAAAUAUUGAUCCACAAUACGCACAAAGAAAUCACGAACAAGGGAGAGAACCAACACAUCAGAUACAGGGUUAUGAUCAACAUGGCGAUAUUAGGAGUAAAUCUCAACAAAGAAAUUCAAUUCGUGAAUCAGGGGUGGAACGACCUCAUGUUAAGAGUGUACUUGCCACAAAAAGUUUGUUUGAAAAACAAUUAGAUCCGAGGCAUCCGCCCCCUGCACCAAAACCUAUUGUACCUGCAAAACCCAAUAUUGUCAAUGCCAGACCAGUUCCUCCACGUCCUCGGAAUAUUUCUGAAAGUGGAUGGGAUCCUGAGAGAAGGGAUCCAAUUUCUCCUCGUUCUCAGCAUCCUCCAGGACCAAGAUCUCCACCAUAUCAGAGACCGCAGUAUAAUGGCGAAUCUCAGCAAUUUCAGCCUCGCACACAACCUUUACAUAGUCAAAGUAUGGACAAUCUCUCUCUUGAUGAAAGAUCAAGAUAUCAGUCACCGAAUCAUGGAGUACAACGGCCCCCUCAGCAUGCGAAAAGUAUGCACAAUUUAGAUGAAAGGUCAAGAUAUCCCGAAGAAAGUAGACCUCAGGCGUAUGCUGAUGAUCCACAACAAGAUAGAGGUUAUAGGAAUAGUUAUUCAGGAAAUGUUGAAGAAAGACCUAUGGUUCUUGGUGUGAAAUAUAAUCAAGAUACUGGUCCAACCAUUCAGACCAAUCAGAAUGCACAAAAGCCACAAGCAUCAUGGGAACGACCACAGCCAGAAGUAAAUCGUUUUAGAACAGAUCAUGAACCUCCAACUCAACUUUCACCAACAAGGCCUUAUAAUGACAGAAGAAGUUGGUCUAAUGAGCAAUCCAUGAACAAUCAUAAUGAAUCAUAUAACAAUCGAAAUGCUGCUCGAAACGAACAAUCAAAUUAUAUCAGACCGAUAACGUCAAAUGAAAAGGACGACUAUGUACCUGAUGUAGUGGCAAGGAGUUACGAACUAGCAAAUAAGGCAGCUAAUGAACCUAUUUCCAACCAACAAAACACUCAAUUAUACAUGGGUCAUUCAUCGGAAGCCCCACAACGCAAUCAACCUUACAAUAACAGACCUCCGACCUCUGUUCAAAAUUUCCCAAAAGUGACAGAAAAUCUAAAUACAGAGGAUAGAUGGCCUACCCCCCCUCCACCUAUCAUUGAUGAUCGACAAUUUUCAUCUUCACCUAAGUUUCCUGAACCACACCAAGGAAGAAAUGAAUACAGUGAUGAUUGGAGAAGGCCUGGGCCACCACCACCGCAAUCAGGGCCACCUCAAUAUCAACAUACUGAAAAUACCAAUUCAGUGCGUCAAGAACAUACUGUGAGAUUCCAAUCUCAAACUCAAGAAUAUCCUUUUGAGGCAAAUAGGGCCUCGCCUCCCCAACGCCCCUAUACGGGUGAUUCUGACAGUUCUGAAGUGGACGUAGAUGCACCAACUCCCCCACCUGCUAAUAAACACAUAAGGCCUCAAUUUCCCAAUAACCAGCGAGGUGCAUCAUCAGCAUACGAAAGGAAUAAACCUAUACCGAUUGGAGGUAGAGAUCCAGACUCAUUAAAACGACAACCAUAUCAAGCUACAAGUUCUGGGAAUCAAUAUGAUCAACCAUCAAGUCCUAGUUUUGAGCGACAACAUCGACAAGAUCCUGUUCUCAUGACUGGUUUACCUCAACCUUACCAUAAGCCACAUCAAAUAAAAAAUAUUCGAUCGCCAGGAAGCAAACCACAACCAAAAAAGCCGCAAAGAAAUUCUGCAGUUUUGUCUCCCCAGGCUAUUGAUCAAUCACCCACAGAUGAACAAAAUGAAUUUAAUUUUGAUGUAAGAAGUGCACAACCACUCACACAUGAUUUGUCAAGAGAGAGAUUAAGAUUAGGAAAAUCAGGAGCAUUGGCAAACAGAAAACCUCCAAGCAGAACAGGAAGCACAAGUAACUUGGUGGAAGCAGUGGGUACUGAUGAAUUUCAAAUUGAAGUGACUGACAGUGAAUUAUCCCAGCAGAAGGGAAAAAUUGAAGUUCAUCGUGAAGAAUCGAUGCGAAUAUUAAGAGCUAAGAAAGACAGCAGUUCAGACACUGCAUCAUCUAUACAAGAAAGAACAGCAAAACAGAGAGCAUCACAAAGAGUCGUGCCACCGCCUGCAAGCAACCAUAGUCCUGCAAAAUUGACAUCAGAACCUAAGAAGGAUUCAAAAUUGGUUUAUAAACUUCCAUCAGCUGAAGCAGCGAAGACUAUUCCUAUGCCACAGAUUACAGAACCUGCAGAGCAGGCCGGAAGAAGGCCUCCCACCUAUUUGGGUUUUGGCAACUCUCCCGAAAAACCUAAAACAGAUCUAUUGAGUCAAUUCAAGCAUGCUCGUGAUUCUGCAAUGAAAACGGCUUCUGAAAAACAAGACAGAGCUCUGAAAGGUGUUUCUGCAUUAGUCAAGUUCUCACAUGGAAAAAAGGAGCCAAAGGCACCUCCAAAACCGAAAUUGACAUCUGCAGAAAAAAAUGCAAAACUUCUUGGUAAAAUGCAUGUUGAAGUCAAGCCACGUGAAACAGAGGAACAUCAUAGCAGACAUUCACCGCAUAAGCAUGAUGAUACCAGAAGUUCGGUUCGGUCAAGUUCAACAUUGAAAGGAGAAAAAUAUGAUGGAGAUGAUGAUACUACUAAUGGAUCUAAGUAUGAUCGGGAUAGGAGAGGCAGGGGUAGAGAUCGUAAUCGUGACAACGGGAGAGGAAAAUCCAGAGGACGGUCAUCAUCCAGGGGACGAGAGAUUAGUCCUGAUGAUAGAAAUGCUAGAUCGAGACAUCGAUCCACUUCUAGAGAACGGGUCCUGAGUCCAAACGAUCGCCAUAGAUCUCACAGAGAUUAUGAUGACAGGAGGAGGCAUGCUGAUCCACCCUAUCACAGAAGGCCACCCAGUCCUGAUCGUUAUCGAUAUCCAGGAGAGAGGCCAGGUCGCAGGUCACCACCUCACCAUCAAUACCCUCCAUAUGACCGAAAUCCGACAACCAGGGAACCUGACUGGGUGGAACAAUUCAGACGUGGUAGAGAGAGAUCUAGCCAUCCUACCCGUAGAGCAUGGGUCAAUGACCCAAGGAGGGUGGAAGUGACUCCUGGAGGUCGACGAAGGGAAUUGGAUAUGGAUGCUUUUGAAAGAGACGUGAGGAAAGCAACCUCGUAUAAUAGCGAUUUUGAGCAGCCUGAACCACGCAGACAAAUGAUUCCAUCGAAAUUAUCAGCGAGAUCACAUCAAGCCAAGAGACAUCCACCACCUGGUGAUUGGAUGAAUGCAUUGAAAGAAAAAAAUAAAAGCGCUGCCAAAGCACGAUAUGGUAAUGUGUCUCGUUAUUGAACUGCAAAGCACUGGUGAACAAUGCGAACACAGCUAAAGUGAAGACACAAAUAAUGUGAAGACAAGAUCAUCCUUUUCUAUCAGCAAUUGGUUGAAAAUUCCACCGAAAAUUCAAAUGUAUAAUAUCUGAUUUUAGCUAAUCAUGACUCUGUUUGAAAGCCUUUUUUAAUGUAAUCUUGUUACGAUGGUACAAAAUAUUGGUCCAUACUCAUUGUGAUCUUUUAAUUAUCAAUUGAUUUUAUAUAAUGAAGUAAAUAUCUAUCAUGUAUUUUAGUGAUUUCAUAUAAACCAUAUUUCAUAGUGACCAUAAUGACUUUUUUUUUUAUACAUAUAUGGU